AUGGCGACGACUUGUCGUCCAGUUCUUGUGAAUGAACCGAUCUCACAAUCUCUAGUAAAUGAGGUUGGUAGAGAAUUGUUUGAAGCAUGUAGAAAUGGAGAUCUGACUAAAGUAAAGAAGCUUGUAAAUACACACAAUGUGAACGUAAAGGAUACUGCUGGAAGUAAAUCUACACCACUCCAUUUCGCUGCUGGUUUUGGAAGGAAGGAUGUAGUUGACCAUCUCCUGGACUGUGGGGCCAACGUUCAUGCCAAGGACGAUGGUGGUCUCAUUCCGCUGCACAACGCCUGUUCUUUUGGACAUGCCGAGGUUGUUCAGUUGUUGCUGCGUAACGGCGCUGAUCCCAAUGCCCGAGACAACUGGAACUACACUCCGCUGCAUGAAGCAGCAAUCAAGGGCAAACUCGAUGUCUGUAUAGUUCUUCUUCAGCAUGGCGCAGACCCAAACAUUCGCAAUACCGAUGGCAAAACGGCUCUAGACCUUUCUGAUCCUACUGCUAAGGCCGUUCUUACAGGUGAAUACAAGAAGGAUGAGUUACUAGAAGCCUCCAGGAGUGGGAACGAGGAGAAACUGAUGACUCUACUGACUCCAUUGAAUGUAAACUGUCACGCCAGUGAUGGUCGCAAGUCAACUCCAUUACACCUAGCAGCAGGAUAUAAUCGGACGAGAAUAGUUCAGCUGUUACUACAACACGGAGCUGAUGUCCACGCCAAGGAUAAAGGUGGACUUGUUCCUCUUCACAACGCCUGUUCCUACGGACAUUUUGAAGUGACUGAAAUGCUUCUAAAGGCUGGAGCGGGUGUGAAUGCGAUGGAUCUGUGGCAGUUUACCCCACUACACGAAGCUGCCUCCAAGUCUCGUGUUGAGGUGUGUUCUCUGCUUCUGUCGCAUGGUGCCGACCCGACCCUCGUAAACUGUCAUUCGAAAAGUCCUCUCGAUGUUGCUCCCACCCGCGAACUUCAGGAGAGAUUACAAGUUGAGUACAAGGGUCAUUCUCUGCUAGAGGGCGCUCGUCAGUCUGAUUUGACACGAGUGAAGAAAUAUCUGACAUCGGACAUCAUCAAUUUCAAACACCCGUACACCGGAGAUUCUGCCUUGCACUGUGCAGCUAUAUCUCCAUUUCCGAAAAGAAAACAAGUGGUGGAUCAUCUCAUCAGAAAAGGGGCCAAUUUGAAUGAUAAAAACAAAGACUAUUUAACACCAUUGCAUAUAGCUGCAGAUAAGGCCCAUUAUGAUGUCAUGGACAUACUGCUGAAACAUGGUGCAAAGGUGAAUUCUCUGGACGGCAGUGGCCAGACGGCUUUACACCGAGUGGGACAGCAGGGGAACAUACAGGCAUGUCGUCUUCUCAUGUCGUAUGGAAUCGACUCCAGUAUUGUGUCACUGCAAGGUUAUACUGCAGCUCAGCAAGCCACAGAAAAUAUACAGCGACUUCUUCAAGAGGAUCCUCUAGUUGGUAGUUCAGAUGAUGACUAUCAGUUGUUAGAGGCCGCUAAAGCUGGGGACAUGGAGCUGGUCAAGAAACUGACCUCAUCGAACCCGCAUGUUGUGAACUGCCGAGACGUUGAUGGCCGCCAUUCCACACCUCUACACUUUGCCGCAGGCUACAACAGAGUGGCUGUUGUUGAAUAUUUACUGCAGCAAGGUGCUGACGUCCACGCCAAAGACAAAGGAGGUCUUGUUCCACUACACAAUGCCUGCUCGUACGGACACUUCGAGGUCACAGAACUGCUUAUUACGCAUGGAGCCUGUGUCAAUGUGGCUGACUUGUGGAAAUUCACUCCACUUCACGAAGCCGCUUCGAAAGGCAAAUUUGAAAUCUGUAAAUUACUUAUUAAGCAUGGUGCAGAUCCAAACAAGAAGAACCGAGACGGCCAUACCCCCAUUGACCUGGUGAAAGAAGGAGACCACGAUGUGGCUGAUCUGUUGAGAGGAGAUUCUGCAUUACUAGAAGCAGCCAAGAAAGGCAACCUCGCCCGAGUUCAGAAAUUAUCGACCACAGAAAAUAUCAACUGUCGAGACACCCAAGGGAGAAACUCAACACCUCUACAUUUAGCUGCUGGCUACAAUAAUGUUGAAGUGGCUGAAUUUCUUCUUGAGAAUGGAGCGGACGUAAAUGCACAAGACAAGGGUGGACUGAUACCGCUACACAAUGCUUCGUCGUACGGGCACGUGGACAUCGCUGGGCUACUGAUAAAGUUCAACACGUGUGUGAAUGCUCAAGACAGAUGGGGAUUCACUCCGCUACACGAAGCGGCACAGAAAGGAAGAACUCACCUGUGCUCACUCUUGUUAGCACAUGGGGCAGACCCGACCAUGAAGAACCAGGAGGGACAGUCUGCACUCGACCUCACCACGGCUGAUGAUGUACGAGCCCUGCUGCAGGAUGCCAUGCCACCGACUCACAUGCCGCCGAGUGUUUCUAAGCAGCCAUCCAGUCUGGGAAGCACAAGUUCAUCCUCCAGCAAUAGUCUACUAAACAGCAGUGGUGACGGGUUCCUCAGUGCGCUGGGAGCAACGAGUAUGUCUCAGAUCGGUGAUGGAUCGUCCAUGGAGCGAUCGCUGGGAGAAGGCGAGAGGAGUCUCGACUCAGUCAGUGUGAUAUCCUUCCUCAGCAGUGUGGGACUCGAUCAGCUCAGAGAUAUAUUUGAGAGAGAACAGAUCACGAUGGACAUCUUAGUUGAGAUGGGACACGAGGAACUCAAAGACAUUGGCAUUAAUGCGUACGGACACAGACAUAAGAUUCUCAAAGGAGUAGAAAAACUGGUCUCUUCAAAAGGUCCUCAGUUGGUGUCUGGUGUCUCCAAUUCAGGAACAGUUCUCAUAGACCUCGCUCCAGAUGAUCCCGAGUACAUCUCUGUUGAAGAACAGAUGCAAACUUCCAUACGGGACCACAAGGACAAUGUAGGAGGUAUAUACAACAAAUAUGCUAUUAGUAAAAUUCAGAAAAUCCGAAACAAGCGAUUGUGGGAGAAGUACUGUCACCGACGGAAGGAAGUUGGUGAAGAGAACCACGGACAUCCAAACGAACGACUUCUGUUCCACGGGUCUCCGUCUCUGAACACCAUUGUUCAUAAAGGCUUUGAUGAGCGUCAUGCGUACAUUGGGGGUAUGUUCGGUGCAGGUAUUUAUUUUGCUGAGAAUUCCUCUAAGAGUAACCAGUAUGUGUAUGGUCUCGGAGGAGGCACUGGAUGCCCCACCCACAAGGACCGGUCCUGCUAUAUAUGUCAAAGACAGCUGUUACAUUGUCGAGUCACACUUGGGAAGUCGUUUCUUCAGUUCAGUGCCAUGAAAAUGGCUCACUCUCCUCCAGGGCAUCACUCGGUGAUCGGUCGACCCAGUACAGGUGGUUUGUCAUUCGCAGAGUACGUCGUAUACAGAGGGGAACAGGCGUAUCCUGAAUACCUGAUCAAUUUCACAAUCCUGAAGCCCGACCCCGAACCGAAGAAAUCAUGACAAUCGCCAAAGAAUCUUCCAUGUAUAAAGUGUACAAAUGAACUUGUUUUUAAAGCUGCUAUGUCAUAGUUACACGUGCCAUAUUUCACAAUUUUUACAUUUAUUUGUAAUGAAUAACUUAAAAUGGAAUAACCUGAUUUGCAUAAAUAACAGUGUGUAAACAUCACAUGCAAUCCAACUAGAUUCAUGUCUUAUCAAAUCUUAUAAAAUCUGAGAAUCCACAAAAGAUAUCAAGCUGACUGUCAGCAGCUAGAUAGGGCGGUCAGAGAGAGAUGAGUUGCACAGAUACAGAAAACUUGUCAGCAACACCCUGGCUCAACUUUACAAGAUUUGUUUCAGACUCAACUGGGGGCGGGAUUUAGCUCAGUCGAUUGAGCGCUCACCUCAGGUGUUUGUGUCACCGGAGUUAACCACCUCGGUGGAUCUAUUCAUCUGAAUGGGUUUUUUCUCUUUCCAACCAUUGCACCACGACUAGUUAAAGGCUGUGGUAUGUGCUUUCCUGUCUGUGGGAAAGUGCAGAUAAAAAA